AUCAUUCUCUACACUUAAGCGGCGCACCCUUUUUCUCUUGUACUUUCUAGCUCAAGUGAUACUCUAAUGCUUCGAUUCAAGUAAUCCCUCACUUGCUUUUAGUUUCAGUGGCUCUCUCAACGUCAUUGCCGCACGCCCCCUUUCAAGUUACGAGCCAGCCUACGAGCGAGCGAGCCUCUACCCCUGCAGAUCUCCAGAAACAUCACACAGUCCACUGACAUUCUUCCAGGCAGACAGACUACGGAUAUAAUAUGAGAGUAUCGGCAAUCAUUGCCGUCGCCCUGGGUUGGAUCACCAGCGCUAGUGCCUUUGGAGUCCCCGACGUCCUGCAAAAGAUUGAACAGAAACUUCCAACCAGAGAAGCUCCUCCACCGAAAUACUUUAGGGAAGCAUCACAAUAUCCCCACUAUGAUCUGAGAUAUUUUGGUGAAGCUCUCGAGCCACAGCUUCAGAAUGCAGGCAUCAAAGUCCUCAUGCAGACAUACCUAGCCACAUUUCGAGAUCUGGGAGUCCAGACCUGGUUAAUGCAUGGCUCCCUUCUCGGCUGGUGGUGGGGAAAGAAGGUCAUGCCAUGGGACCUUGACGCUGAUGUCUCAGUUACUGAGGCAGACAUGUAUUUCCUUGCUGCCUAUCAUAACAUGACCAUCUACUACUACCAGUACGAUGGUUGUCCGGAGGGUUGCUUCUUUCAGUUAGAGAUCAACCCGUAUCAUAAAUAUCGUGAGAGGGAUGAUUACAUGAACUUCAUUGAUGCAAGGUGGAUCGAUAUGCAGAAUGGCCUGUUCAUUGACAUCACUGCGGCAAGAUACGACCCUGGGCAUGAGAUGGGUGAUGGUGUUAUGUACGACAAGCAUGACCAUGAGUUCAAGGACAAGUACAUCUUUCCUCUAUUAGACACCACCUUCGAAGGUGUUCAAGCCAAGAUUCCGUACAGGUACAAGGAGAUCUUGGCUUCGGAAUACGGCAAGGGAGCAUUGUCAAAGACUGACUACCAUGGUCACCGAUUCGAUGCAGAAAAGAUGCAGUGGGUUCCUAUGAACUAAGCAUCAGCUGUUAUUUGUGUACCUAGGGCCAUUGGCUGCUUGAAAGGCGUUUAGCUCUGUUGAGCAGGAAAGGCAUAUCAAGGAUAGACCGGAAAGGGAUAAAGAAUACUAAUUAAUGAUACUCGGCUGAUGACGGCUGGCCGUCUUAUAAAAGUCUUGGGUCCUUGUUUACUUGAUUACUGAGAGCAGAAAUCCCUAUGGUUAUGAUGGGAGAAAUUAUGCAGAUCUUUCAAAUUUAUAAUAGACACAAAACCUAAG